CCCCGCCUCUACCCACGGUACUUCGUGACUCUGACGCACGGCAGUCCUCCUCAUACCGGCCCGAAACAUCGGCAGUUAUUAUCAACGUGGCGGGGUCUACGUUCUACCUAUAUGAGAGAUGAUUCUACCCCGCAUGUAAAUGAAUCCUGCGCCAGUUACCCUGAAAUCAAGUCUCUUUUCUCAUAUCCUACCAUAACGGCUGCAACGCCCUUCGAAAGCCAGCCAUGCUCUUCUCUCUCCUCCUCUCUCUCCUCCUCUCUGCCCUCGGCUCCGCUAGCUCUAGUACCAGCCGGCCCGAUGCGUAUAGCCUCUGCGAUGCUCAGUGCCUCGAGGCGUACCAGACAUCUCACAAUAGCGAAAGGAAGCUCUGGGCUACCCCGAACUUCUCGGAUGACCGCUUCUACGAUACGCCAGCUAACGCCACGCGGGCUAAGCCGGGCGAUCUUCUACGCUGGGAGGACGUCUCGACGGAGCGUAUGAGUACUAACUUUACGGGUAUCCCCGGCGGCCUCUCGGUAUCGCGGAUGAUCUAUAUGACAGAGGAUAUAGACCGCAAACCUAUUACUGCGAGCGCCUAUAUCCUUCUUCCGUACUCGCUCGAGAUAUAUGGCGACCUGGGCGCAACGAGAUUCCGAACCCUCGCGUGGGCACACGGCACUGUCGGCCAUAGCCGCCAGUGCGCCCCGAGUAAUAACCAGAACCUCGCUUACGGCUGGAAGGCGCCCAUCUUCUUCGCCAAUAGCGGUUACGCCGUUAUCGCGACCGACUACGCCGGUCUAGGCACACAGGUCCCCGGCGGCUUUCGGUACGAGGGGGGAUUCUUACAUGCCGCCGACGUCGCGUACUCGGUUAUUGCUGCCCGCAAGGUGAUCGGCCACCUACUCACCGACGAAUGGGCUGUUGUCGGCCACAGCGAGGGCGGCUUGACGGCCUGGCGUACUAAUGAGCGACUCGCCAUGCCUAACCAGGACGAGUUACUCAAGGCCGGGACAUUCCUCGGCGCUGUUUCGGUCGCCCCAGCCCUUCGUCCGAGCGAGCUUCUCCGCAAGGCAUUUGCCGGCGACGGGCCCAUUUACGCGCCUGUUUCGGUCUACGUCAUGAAGAGCAUCCAGGGGCUAUACCCGGAGCUGCAGAUCAAGGAUUGGCUCACCCCCGAAGCUCGGGAGCUGAUGCCGCUGCUCGAGCAGUCGUGCCUUAGCGCUGGCUUGGCGCUAUAUUCCAAGCUUACUGCUAAGCAGGUCUUUACCAACACGACGUGGAUUGACAGCCCGGCCUUCCGCGACUGGGAGUCUCGUGUGAAUGGCGCCGGCCCCCACGCGCUUGCGGCCCCGAUGCUCGUUGUACAGGGGCUCGACGACCAGAUUACGUAUACCGAGGAGUUCACCCGCGACUUCAAGCGCACCUGCGACGCGUUUCCAGAGUCCAGCGCCGAGCUGCUCCUCGUCCCCGAGCUCGGCCACGACCCGGCCCUGUACGCCGCCCAGCCAUACUACUUGGCCUACAUCCAGCGCCUCUUUGCUGGCACGUGCCAGCAGCGUCGUUGCUCCAUCAGGACCAUUAAGCCCAUCACCAAGCACUUCCAGCAGUACUUCGUUGGCUACUAGAUGGGCCCGGAACAGUGUGACAGGGCAGUGUGGCAGGGCAGGGCAGACGGAGAUCAGGGGUUUCCGCUAGUCCUUUUUGUAUUUAUUAGGCAAAGACGGCCUCACGAUGAUUUUCCAUAGACACGUAUGCCACUUACACACACCAAAUUUUAACACCCAUUCUGCCCGU